AUGUGGGGUUGCGGUUUCAAUGAGCACGACGAAGACUGUCACGAUAUUGCCAUUAUGAAGCAGCAGUUUCUUCAUGAACCGAUCCCGAAUUCCUUUGCCUUUCCACUGCCACCUUUAGGUCUACAGGCGAAGGAAUUUGUUGCAACUCAUUUCGGUACGGACGCAAAAAACCUACAGUUUCGUAAGGGUACUACUACGUUAGCUUUCAUAUACGAGCCUGCAACGCCCAAUGACAAGGGUGGUAUCGUUGUUGCUGUAGAUUCACGAGCGUCCUCUGGAGAAUAUAUAUCUUCGAAGUCGGUUAUGAAAAUAUUGGACAUUGGAGAUCGUAUGGUUGCUACCAUGGCUGGCGGAGCAGCAGAUUGCCAAUUCUGGACGAGAACUGUCGCAAAAUACUGCAAUUUGUUCGAACUUCGCGAAAAGACUCAGAUCACAGUUAGCGCUGCUAGCAAAUACUUCGCUAACGUUCUGUACGGUUAUCGUGGAAUGGGUCUUUCAGUGGGUUCAAUGAUUGCCGGAUAUGAUAAGAGAGGACCACAGAUUUUCAAGGUUGAUAGCGAAGGCGAUCGAUGUCAGCUGCAAGUAUGUAGUGUGGGGUCGGGAUCGCUAAAUGCUUAUGGUGUUCUUGAUACUCAUUAUAAACGAAAAAUGACCGAUGAGGAGGCCUUGAAACUUGGACGUCGUGCUAUAAUGCAUGCAACGUUUAGAGAUUCAGGAUCCGGCGGAGUUUGUAAUAUGGUUCACAUUACUCCGAACGAGAAGAUCCGUUUGCCUUCAGUUGACGUUAGCAAGCUGUGGUACGAAUUUGCUGCUGAACUAGGUCGUGACAUUGUGUACGAACCUUGUGAUGACUGA